AUGGAGAAAACACUUCCCACUGUUCUGCUUUCUUUCCUUCUCAGGCAACUACUUAUACUAGUGGUACUACUGACAUGUCGCCGGAAUGUUCUCACAGUCGCCGCAUGUGGAAAGUGGGACCUGCUUCGAUCCAACAUUGGCAUAUCAGCCAUGCACAUGCAACUUCUCAACAACGACAAAGUUGUCAUCUUUGAUCGGACGGAUUUUGGUCCUUCCAACAUCUCACUUCCCAAUGGGAAAUGCCGGAACGACCCGAACGAUCUUGCCCUGAAAAUUGACUGCACCGCUCACUCGGUGGAGUACAAUGUCGCUGACAACGUGGUCCGCCCCCUCAUGGUCCUCACUAACACCUGGUGCUCCUCUGGUGCUGCUAUGCCUGAUGGAAGUUUAAUGCAAACUGGGGGGUUUAAUGAUGGUGACCGUAAUGUGAGAACCUACAAACCUUGCACUGAUAAUUCUUGUGUCUGGCAAGAAAAUAACAACGUCCUCACACAAAGAAGAUGGUAUGCCACGAAUCAUCUUUUACCUGAUGGGAGGCAGAUUAUAAUAGGCGGCCGCGGGCAGUUUAAUUAUGAAUUUUAUCCGAAAACAUCCUCAGCUGAUACAUCAUACGAUUUGCCUUUUCUGACUCAGACGAAUGAUCGGAACAUUGAGAACAAUUUGUAUCCAUUUGUUUUUCUGAAUGUGGACGGGAAUUUGUUCAUUUUCUCUAAUAAUCGAGCUAUUUUGUUUGACUAUACAAAAGGACAGGUGGUUAAAACCUACCCGACAAUGCCUGGAGGGGAUCCAAGAAAUUAUCCUAGCAGUGGUUCUGCUGUUUUGCUUCCAUUGAAGAACUUGCAAGGAGGAGCCAUUGGGGCUGAAGUUCUGGUAUGUGGAGGAGCACCGAAGGGAGCAUAUGCUAGUGCAAUGAAUCGGAAUUUCGUUCCUGCACUUAGCACGUGCGGAAGGAUUCAAAUAACCGAUCCCAAUCCACAAUGGACCAUGGAGACCAUGCCUUAUGCUAGAGUAAUGGGUGACAUGGUAUUGUUACCAAAUGGCAGAGUCUUGAUCAUUAAUGGGGCAUCUUCGGGUACGGCAGGGUGGGAAUUAGGUCGGAACCCAGCUUUUUCACCCGUUAUUUACAGCCCUGAUAGUUCAAGUGGAUCAAGAUUUGAAGCACAAAACCCAAGCUCCACCCCCCGAAUGUACCACUCAACUGCAAUAUUGCUUCGUGAUGGACGGGUUCUCGUCGGUGGCAGCAAUCCUCUUCAGUAUGACAAUAUUACGGGAGUUCCUUUUCCGACAGAUUUAACAUUAGAAGCAUUUUCACCCUCAUAUCUUGAUCCAAAUUUUGCAAGAUUACGCCCAAAAAUAACUGCACCAGCUUCACAAUCUAAAAUUGCAUAUGGAAAACAACUCCGUAUUCGGUUCACUAUUCCUCCAGGCAGGCUAAAUAGAAAUUCAGUUAUGGUGACAAUGGUUGCACCUUCAUUUACAACACAUUCCUUUUCAAUGAAUCAAAGACUACUGACUCUAGGUGGAAGCAACAUAACGGCAGUCGGAUUAGCGAAAUAUCAAAUUCAAGUGGUAACACCGAGUUCACCCAAUCUUGCCCCACCCGGAUACUAUCUUUUAUUUGUAGUUCAUCAAGAUAUUCCCAGUGAAGGCAUUUGGGUCCAAUUCAAGUAA